AUGUCGAUGGAUCUCGAGUCACAGAGAUCUAGCAUCUCGAGUUAUCACGAUGAACUCAGUAAGAAGGAGGCCGGUAUACUCACCAAUGUCGAGGAACUCAAAGACGAGUCAGCGGCGAUCAAAACCCUUCUUGACGGUGCAGCCCAUAGGAGUAGCAAGAAGUCGUUUCUGGCUUGGGCUACUAUAAACACAUUAGCAACCAUAGGCAUAGUCUUCACCAACAAGCGCAUCUUCCAGCACCCCUCCUUCGCCGCCUCCCAAACCUCAUUUGCCUCCUUCCACUUCCUCUUCACCACUCUGACGCUCCUCCUCCUCUCCCGCCCGCCCCUCUCCCUCUUCACCCCCUCGCGCACCCCCCUCACCACAAUCCUCCCUCUCGCACUCGCAAUGUGCCUCAACGUCAUCCUGCCCAACCUCUCCCUCGCCCACUCCUCAAUCCCCUUCUACCAGACCGUCCGCAUCCUCCUCACCCCCCUCGUCGCCCUCCUCAACCUCGCCCUCUACCACACCACCAUCCCCAUCCCCGCCGCUCUCACCCUCAUCCCCGUGUGCGCCGGCGUCGCCCUCACAUCAUACUCCGACACCCACACCACCCACCCCACACGCACGUCCCCCGCCGGCGCAGUCUACGCCUUCACCGGCGUGCUGGCGUCAGCACUAUACACAGUCUGGAUCGGGUCCUACCACCGCCGGCUGGGCCUCUCGCCCAUGCAGCUGCUGCUCAACCAGGCACCCGUUGCGGGCGUGUUGCUGGCCGCGUGCGCGCCGUUUGUGGAUGAUGUGCCGGUGGUAAGGGAGGUGGAGGUGGGCAUGUGGUGGCUUGUGCUGCUGAGCGGGGGAUUGGCGAGUGUGGUGAAUUUGUCGCAGUUUUAUGUGGUGAAGGAGGCGGGUGCGGUGGGGAGUACGGUGGUGGGGCAUGUGAAGACUUGUGUGAUUGUGAUGAUGGGGUGGUGGGUUACGGGAGGGGUGGAGGCGGGGGGUGUGCUGGGGGUGGGGUUGGCAAUGGGCGGGGUGGCGGCGUAUUCGUGGGUUGUGGGAAGGAGGUAG